GAUGAGCUCGGCGAAUCCAGCAACAAUAGCAGAUACAUUGACAAGUAGCGACAUGGCCAUUAAGACGUAACACCAUUUUCCAUGACGAUCGAAGAUACCGACGCACUCUAGCCAAAACUUGCAGUAGUACAUAUACUGGUUCAUCGCGUCUCGUCGUAUCUGCGGCAAUAGUAUCCACGCAGGCACCGGAGAAAGCUGCAGUCAAGUGGUAAAGCCGCAAAGUAACUUCGUUUUCUCGUAAAGAAAUUACCCUGAAUUACAAGUGCAAACUAGAAAUUAUUGGAAAACUUAGCCGGUAGUUACGCAAUUAUUUUCGCCCUUUCUAGAGCACGGACACAAUCGCGUAAACUAGCUCUGUGUGAAUAGUCAUUUGCGUAGGUAUGCCAAGAUGUGGUGCGGGUGAGUAAAGACUGGCAGAGAGACCUAACAGGUGCACUUGAGACUUUUUCAACAAGACCAGUCGUUAGUUGGCGUUGUAGGAAUUAACUUUCGAAAAGUUUUUUUCAUGCUUGCUCUAACGGUUGUUGUAUAUAUGUACGGUAAUGUGAACUUGCAGAAUUCCACAUAAUUUUUUGCAUCGGCGAUGCAUUUACGAUUCAGGCUACGUAUACAGUUGUGUACCAAGUGAGACAUGUCUUGCAAAUUGAAUCAUACAUUUUCAUGCCCUAUGCGAUUUAUGCAGUGCAACUCGAGGAGAGCCGGACGUGUUCGGAGAAUAUACAUCUGCAUGACAGUUAUGCCGAUGGAACCGCAGAAUAUCGAGUAGCCGGUCAAACCAGUUGAUAUAUUUUUCAAACGAUCUUCAAUGGAUCGAUUUCAAACCCCGCAAGUGCGAUCCUAUUACUUUGAGCCUCGCUCACGAGUCACUUCUGGUCCAGAAGUUCGUCAGAAUGGAGCGAUGGGUUUCCAAAGUGGCGGUCGUAACGGGGGCGAGUUCCGGCAUCGGGGCUUCCGUUGUCCAGGAGCUGGUCCGUCAAGGAAUGGUAGUCGUCGGGCUCGCGAGGAGGAAGGAAAAGGUCGAAAGGCUUGCGGAUGCGCUAAUCGAAUUCCCGGGUAAACUUCACUCCGUGGAAUGCGACGUCUCCAAAGAGGAAAGCGUGCUCGCAGCGUUUGCUUGGAUCCGGGAGGAACUUGGAACCGUCGAUGUCCUGGUGAACAAUGCCGGGAUCGCGAAGGAAACGACGCUGACUGAGGGUUCCCUGGAGGAAUGGCGGGCCGUAUUCGACGUUAACGUCUUUGGCCUCUGUCUGUGUACCAGAGAAGCUGUGCGGUUAAUGCGCGAGGGUGACGUCGAGGGACUUGUCGUCCAUGUAAACAGCCUCGCCGGGGAACGUGUCCCUGCGGUACCUGGAUUCGGCGUUUAUCCAGGGUCUAAGCGCGCCCUUACCGCCAUGGCGGAAACUCUGCGCCACGAAUUAAGAGCCACGAAGAUUCGGGUCACGUGCGUCAGUCCUGGUUUGGUAGCGACGGAGUUACUGUCCGGUUACUCAGCUUUUUCUGAAGAAGCUUUGGCAGCCAUGCCUGCUCUUCGACCCGAUGACGUAGCGGCGGCAAUUGUCUACGUAUUAUCGACACCGCCUCACGUACAGGCUGAUAAUAGUUACGGUUGUGUCUGUAAGCAAAAUUUCUACAGCACGGUCAUGGAACGUUGGGUAGGUAAACUGGCGAUGGUAACCGGCGCCGCCGAUGGAAUCGGUGCAGCCAUCGCCGAGGCAUUGGUCAAGGGCGGGGUCAACGUACUCGCCCUGGACGUCAAGAUCGUCCGGCUCUUUUCCCUCAGAGAGAGACUCAGGCUUGCUCGAGGAAAGCUCUACCCCAAACAGUGCGACGUGAAUAAGUUGGAAGAGAUCGAGGCUGCCUUCAAGUUUGCAAAGGAGACAGCGGGCGGUGUUGAUAUUCUGAUAAACAACGCCGGAGUCACUCAUCUCUCAAACAUCACUGAUGGCGACACCGAAGGUUUCCUGAAGGUCCUUCAGACGAAUGUCCUGGCCGUAGCUCUGUUCACCAAGGAGGCAGUCAGAUCGAUGCGUGACCGUCAAGUCGAUGGGCACAUCAUCAAUAUUAACAGUAUCUUCGGUCAUCAAGUCGUCGGCAUCAAUCGAGGCUUGUACGCGCCCAGCAAGUUCGCAGUCACUGCCAUGACAGAGACGGUCCGUCGAGAGUUGAUUGGUAUUAAAAGUGGAAUUAAAAUUACGAGCAUCAGCCCGGGUGCCGUAAGUACGGAAAUCCUGGACGCAGCAGCUGCCGAAGCAAACGUUCCGGUAUCGAAAAAGGACGUUCCACGACUGGAGCCCUCGGAUGUCGCAGAUGCCGCAAUUUACAUUCUGUCAACUCCACCCAACGUUCACAUCACGGAAUUCACACUCCGACCCCUUGGGGAAACUCUCUGAGGCAUGAAAUGUACCCAACAAUGCCGGCACUCUGGGGCAUUCUGGCACACCGAAACCGUAAUUCGAUUGCUUGAUUAGACACGUGAUAUCGUGUGUGGAACACCCUGGUUGAGUAUAAUUUUAUGGAAAGGAUCAUCAAUCUGCCAAUCCUCAAUUGCGAUAACUACGCCUAGUAUUUACAGUGCACUCGUUUGUUACGCACCACAAAUAAAAGAAACGAAACGUUA